GGUUUCUCUGCGCUAGCUCCUCCUGUCGGACACCGUUCCGCCUCCGUCAACAAGCCAAUGAGAGCGCCGCCGGUCUCUGGAGGCGAAAUUAUUUCAGAAUGUGUGCUGCAGCUAUGGAAUCAGAAGAUGAGGUACCAUCACUUUUGUGGGGUUUGAAUCCAAUCUUUUCAUCCUUUGCAAGACUAUACAUUAAAGACAUAUUAGAAAUGAAAGAGUCUAAACAGGUUCCAGGUAUAUUCUUUUACAACAGACAUCCAAUAAGACAAGUGGAUAUUUUUGGUAUGGUGGUUCUAAUAAAAGAAAAAGAUUCCUUUUAUAUUUGUGGAGUGGAUGAUGGCACUGGCGUAAUAAGCUGCACCUGCUGGAAAAAUGCAUUAGCAGAAAAGAAAAAAAUGUCAGAUUUGGAAUCUCAGCCAAGUACCUUAAGUGGUCUGAAUCUAAGUGACUUGAUAAGAAAUCUCCAAAUAGCAAUUCGAAAAAAAACAAUUCUGGAAAUUGGUGAUCUAAUCAGAGUCCGUGGUUGCAUUCGAAUUUACAGGCAACAACGGGAAAUCAAGGCUUCUAUAUAUUAUAAAGUUGAUGACCCUAUGUAUGAAAAUCAAAUUUCCAGAAUGCUAGAACUUCCCCAUUUAUAUAGGGAUAUUUAUGAUAAGAGAUUCCAGUUUCCAGAAGAAACACAGUGUAAUCUUGGUGCAUCAGAUAAACUGGGUUGUGUUAUGAAUCUGAGUAAAAAAAUAAGGGAUUUUCUAUUGAGGAACAAAAUUCAGAGCUUCUAUACGCAGGAAUUAGAAACUGUUGAAGAUUUGGUAUCAUUGGUCAAACAGGAUGAACUUGGUACCAGUGCUGAGCAAACAGAUUCCAAAGCUGGUCCUUGCUCCAGAUUGAUUAGAAAGUCAUUCAUGGAAGCAAUAAAGUUAUUGCAGAAAGAUGGUGUUCUUUUUCAAAAAUCAAAGACUUCUCAAAAUAUAUAUUAUGUUACUGAACAGGAUACAGAAUUGCACAAAGUAACUCUUGAAGUUAUCGGAACUGAUUGUAAGAGACCAAAAUAUGCUGAAAAAGGGUGCCACCUUCGUCACAUACUCAGCUGUAUUCAGCAAAGUUAUAAUCCUUAUAUCACUGAAGCUGUUGUCCGUUGUCUCCUUGAUUGGUUGGAGAUUAACAGUGAAGUUGUCACUACCAUGGAAGAAUACUAUAUAGUCUUUUAAUCUAAGGGAAUGGAAGCCUGGAGUCAAAUGUUAUCCAGUGAUCUACAAUAUCAAAGAUUUUACUGUGUACCUGCUCAGCUAUUUUUCUAAUUUAGAAGGUGAUGCAGAAUACAAAUCAUUUUGUUUCGUGAUAUUCCCAGUAGAUAUCAGGGUCUGAAGCAUUUCUCCUUUCUCUAAGAGAAAAAGAUACUAAGCACUCAUAUAAAAUUAUGCCGCAACUGCCCCCUUGUGGUUGGAUACAAUUAAAAAGAACAAACUUCGCCUUUGAACCACAAUUUGUGGAUAUAAUUCCUCAUUUAGCAAGUAGUAUUCUGGACACUGUGAAGGAUAUCAGAGAUUCCUUGUUUCAGUUCUGUGUUAUAUUAGCUCCCUCAAAACUUACUGAAAUUCAAUGUUAAAUUGAGAAGCUAUGCCGAUUAAAAUCUAGGAUCCUUUUUUCCAUAGAAGUUGAAAAACAUCCAGCAGAAUCAAAAUGGUGUAAGAAUUAUCAACUUACCCCCAAAUCUAAGUGACAGCUUCAUAUGAACCCCUAUAGAAAUAAUCCAGAUUCAAGAAAGAAUUGGACAUAUUCUGAGGCAUUCAGACAAGAUUUUAAAAAUGUUGAUUGGAUUUCUUUAUUAGUUCUUUCUUAUUUGAAGAGGCAAACCUAAGGAUAUUACUGUCAUUAGGCAUAUGGUUAUUGCUUCUGCUGGCUGUACAGUUCAAAACUGAAUAAAUAAGUUUGGGACCGAUUAGAACCAGAUUUCCACCACAAUAUGGAGAAUGAAAAAAUGAUUCCUAAAAGAGCUAGAGUCAAUCAAGGUGUUAUUUUAUUUUACAACAAUGAGUUCAGCUAGCUAAACUUUUGGUUGAAAAUCCUCUUUUAUCUCAAGAGAGUUGACCCAUGAGAUUGGUUCAUACCAACAAUUGAUGGAUCCAGAUGGAUUUCAGAGGGACUGUGAUAUUCCUACUGGUCUGCUGCACGGCCAAUCUGAAGCUUCAGUUGCCACUUGGGAUAAGAGGGUGGUUGACAUAUUGCAUCAUGUUGCACCUAAGCGACCUCUUCCUUCUUGUGGAUCCCAUUAGACUUUGUAGUUCACAGAAGAGUUAAGAGAGUUGAAAUGAGAGAAGAGACAUAUAGAGUGUUGUUGGAAUUCAACGGGACAAACUCAAACAAACCAUGGGUUUGAGUCACUAUUAAGGCCUGCUUUGUAACAGUAUAAUUAGCAAAGCAUCAGUACCCUCUUUUCCAUUUCUUACCUAAAUAAGCAGAAUUCAAAUACUGUUUCAUUUUUUCUCUCAAUGCUGGUUGUUUGCACAUUACUCAUCCAUAGUUAAAUGAACAUAGCUAACUGAAUUAAGUUUUCUAGGUUCAUGUGACAUACUAGACCUGUGAUAAUGAAGCUAUGGCAUGUGUGCCAGAGGUGGCACGCAGAGCCUUCCCUGUGGGCACGCGCACCGUCGCCAGCUUUUCUCCUGGUUUCCGGCACACAUGCUGAUCUUCGUGUGUGUCGGAACCCAGCAAUCCCAAAGACCAGGUGACCAGUGAGCGCAUGUGCACUGGCCAACUGGUCUUUGGGUUUCUGGGGUUUGGCACAUGCAGAGAUCAACUGGCUGGUGCAAGUGUGUGCGCUGGAAACCAGAAGACCAGGUGGCCGGCGCGCACAUAUGCACUGGCCAGCUGGUUUCCAAGUUUGUAUGCAUGCACACGUUCCAAUUUGAGCACUGGAAGCUGAAAAGGUUUGCCAUCACUGUAUUAGACCAUAAAUUAACCAGACUUGCUGCUUUGCCCAACAGAAUAUUAUAAAAAAUAAUUGCUUGGCUUGUGUCUCCAUAUGUCACACAAAUUCAACCAUGUUUUCACUACUUGGAAUUAUUUUAGGAAGCCAGUGUAAAGAUUGUAGCUAAAAUAAUCUACCCAGGAACAAUGGAAUGAUGGAAUUAUUUUAGUCAGAGACCUUUGAGAAGGAUAACCUCUUCCUAGAAAAAAAAAGAAGAAGCAAUGAUAGGUUCCUAAAAUUACUACAGUUUAACACAUCCUUUCAUCAGAUUUUCAGUAGGUAAGUCAUGUUCCAAGUGAUGCUAUCGGUUGAGAGUAAUUUGUUUUAUCCACAAAUCUGAUUUUGUCACCAAAAGCCUUUUGUAUGUCUUCUAAAAGCCACUGGUCUUCUACAAUGUAUGAUCCAAAGACCCUUCAAGUCUUUUGGACUGUAAGGAAGACAGAUUUCCUAAAUAAAGUUUCAGAUCUUUUUCUUAAAAUAUUUAAAAUUUUAAUACUUAACUUUUAAAUUACAAAGUAUUUUCUUAUUUAAUAUUUACUGUAGCAUCUAAUAAUCGGGAAGUUUAGUUUCCCUUUCUUUUAUAAUACAGUAUCAAAGAUGUUCAUAAAAACAAUUUAGUCAAGGAAAAAACAUUUCUGCUAUUCUGAAAUCUAAAGCUUCUCCAUUUCAUUAUCUUGUAACUUUGAUGACAAAAGCAUCAUGUAUUUUUAUUCUUCCAUAAAAAUUGGAUUCUCAUGGUAAUCUGUUUUAUGAGUUGAUAAUUAUCUUAACAGAAACAAAAGUAACCUAACUUGCAACUAUGUUUAUUGCCACUGUGUGGUGCUGUUGAAACAAACUUGGAAAACUUAUAUUUAAUAUAGGAGUUUCUUUAUAUGUAUCAUGGAACUUAUAUUUUGUAAUGAAGUUUCUUUACAUAUGUAAAUGUUUAAAUAUUUUAUUUAAAUACAUAUUUAAAUUUAAGGUGAUUUUCCAUGUUCAAAAUGAGACCUGUAUGUACUUCAUGACUGAGAAAAAUAUGCUUCAUGAAACUUUAGUAAUAUAAUUUAAAAAAUCUGGCUAGUAUUUUUUAAAUUUCCUUUUGCAAAAGCACACUGCAAAGAGUUUUAAUAUAUUUAACAUAUAUAUUUCUACUAAACUGCAUUUUCAAUAUUGACUUUUUUCUAGUCUGGUUUUUGAAUUUGUAUUUUAUAUAUGUAGAUAUAGUGGAUAUAAAAAAUGUUGAAUGUUGAA